UCUCCGACCGGUUCUUUGUGCCACCACCACCUAUCUAUCUAUCGCCAUUCGCCCAACCACCUAAAAAUUCCCCGGGCACCUACCCUAAUCCUCAUCCCAAUCCACAAAACGAAAAUCUUCCGUUCCUCUAUUCGAAUCUUGCUUCUUCUUCUUCCCGUCAUCUCCACAAAACCAAGAAAAGAAUCUCUGCGAAAUUGCAGCGCCAUUAUUGGAGGUUGGUCUGCUUCAUGCUUGCUUGCUAUCCCUAUCGGCUUUUCUCUUGGGUGGGUUGAGUGCGUUCCUUGGGCUGGCUGGAUUUAUUCUGGGAUCCCGGGCAUACAUUGCCUCCUCCUUGCACCUUGCACCAUAGCUUCUUUGCCGGCUCCUCACGCGCUCCGCUCGGUUAAUCCAAAGAUUCGCUAUUUCUCUCUGCUCCUACAUGUGAGAUUCCUUUCUUUCCGGUUCAAGCUUGGCAUUCGAAUUCCUCAUUUCUUGAGCGGGUGGCCGAGCAAGGGGAAUGUCUUUCCGGAGCCUAAUUCAGGACAUGAAGGACGAGUUCGGCAACAUCUCGCGCCACGGCCUGCGCUCCUCCCGCUCGCACCGCACCGCCGCCGGGCCCGGGGCCCCGCGGGUGGUCUCCGUCGGGCUGGCGGACGCGUUGGAAGGGACCUGCUGGGCGCAGCUGCCUCCGGAGCUCCUGCGGGAGGUGCUGGUCAGGAUCGACGACUCCCAGGGCUGCUGGCCCUCCCGCCGGGACGUCGUGGCAUGCGCGGGCGUCUGCCGGGCAUGGAGGGGCAUCAUGAAGGAGGUCGUGCGCGUCCCGGAGGCGUCCGCCAAGCUCACCUUCCCUAUCUCGCUCAAGCAGCCUGGCCCAAAGGAUGGUACUCUCAAAUGUUUCAUAAGAAGAAACCGGACUACUCAGACGUAUUAUCUGUAUAUUGGACUCACAGAAGCACUGGCUGAUGAUGGGAAGUUCUUGCUUGCUGCACGCAAAUGCAGAAAGCCUACAUACACAGACUACCUUAUUUAUCUUGAUAUGGGUGAUAUGUCAAAGGGAAGCAGCACCUAUAUUGGCAAGCUAAGGUCGAACUUUCUGGGAACAAAGUUUACCGUCUAUGAUGCUCAUCCACCGUAUGAUGGGGCUGUCGUCUCAAAAAGCCGGUCUGCUCGUGUGAUUGGUUUGAACCAGGUCUCCCCAAGAGUUCCUGCUGGCAAUUAUCCAGUUUCACACAUUUCUUAUGAGUUGAAUGUUUUGGGCUCCAGAGGUCCAAGAAGGAUGAACUGUGUUAUGAGUUCUAUCCCUGCAUCAGCAGUUGAAGAGGGGGGCAAAGCUCCAACACAAACUGAAUUUCCCCUUGGUAACCUUGACUCCUUCCCGUCGAUUCCAUUCUUCAGAUCAAAAUCUGCUCGGAUAGACAGUGCACCCGCUCAGGCUCAGGACAAAGAGAAGCUGGUGCUGAAGAACAAGUCUCCUCGGUGGCAUGAGCAGCUGCAAUGUUGGUGCCUCAAUUUCCGUGGGCGGGUGACGGUUGCGUCAGUGAAGAACUUUCAGCUGGUGGCUUCGGAUGAGAAUGGAGCAGCUGGCCAGGAGCAUGACAAGGUGAUUCUGCAGUUUGGAAAGAUAGGCAAAGACUUGUUCACCAUGGACUACCGCUACCCGAUAUCAGCAUUUCAAUCAUUUGCAAUAUGUCUGAGCAGUUUCGAUACCAAAAUUGCUUGUGAAUGAGACAAGGUGGUGGGGAAAAUCAUGGCAGCUGGAAGGAGGGAGGAAAACUGAAGCAAAGUAUUGGGUGGACCGUCGCCUGAAGUUUGUCCAGUGGUGUAUAUAAUAUAGCUAUCUCUCUAUCUAGUUUAUUUUUCCAAAAUUUAGAGUCUGUAUAUCUAUCCCCACUUCCCAGUGAUGCAGAAUUGUUUGUGUGGCAUUGCCAAACCUGAUGAGUUUAUUUGUGUACUCCAUCCACAUGGUAGGAGCAACGUUGCAAUUCGGCAGCUCCGGAGGAUUUAAAACAUAACGGUUGUUCUUCA